CGAAGACACCCUGCCAACCGCCAAAAUCAUAAAAUGUCGCUUUUUGGUCAAGCUACUGCAACAACAGUUUCCUCUGCAACAGGAGAUCUAAAAUCAGAUGUAGAGGUUCCACAACCCCCAGAAGACUCUAUAUCAGACUUGGCGUUCUCACCUCAGGCUGACUAUUUGGCUGCUUCUUCCUGGGACAAUAAAGUCCGCAUUUAUGAAGUCCAAUCGACUGGACAAUCUGUUGGAAAAGCCUUAUAUGAUCAUCAAGGUCCCGUUUUGAGCGUUCAUUGGUCUCGUGAUGGAACAAAGCUGGCUUCUGGUAGCACCGAUAAGUCAGCAAAGGUUUUCGAUAUCCAAACUGGCCAGCAUCAACAGGUCGCUGCUCAUGACGAUGCAAUUCGAUGUGUCCGCUUCGUCGAGAGCGUCGGCAGUCCCCCCAUUUUGGCCACAGGUUCCUGGGAUAAAACUUUAAAGUAUUGGGAUCUUCGUCAACCAGCUCCUAUUGCUACAGUUAGCCUUCCUGAGCGUGUCUAUACUAUGGAUUCUGUCCAUCCUUUGCUUGUCAUUGGUACCGCUGAGCGUAAUGUAUGCGUCGUAAAUCUUUCUGAACCCACAAAAAUAUUUAAAGUUGCAAUGAGUCCCUUAAAAUUUCAAACUCGAAGUAUUGCAUGCUUCGCCAAAGGUGAUGGUUAUGCUAUUGGUAGUGUCGAAGGAAGAUGUGCCAUUCAAAAUUUGGACGAGAAAUUUCAGAAAGAUAACUUUAGUUUCCGAUGCCAUCGUACUCAAGGAACAGGAACAUCUGAUGUUUACAGUGUUAACUCUAUAGCUUUCCAUCCCCAAUACGGAACAUUUUCCACUGCUGGAUCAGAUGGUACUUUUAGCUAUUGGGAUAAAGACAGUCAUCAACGCUUAAAGAGCUAUCCUAAUGUUGGUGGUCCAAUUGCUUGCACUACUUUCAACCGUACUGGUGAUAUCUUUGCUUAUGCCGUCAGCUAUGACUGGAGCAAGGGUCAUUCAUUCAAUACCCCUCAACAUCCUAACAAGAUAAUGUUACAUCCUGUCCCUCCUGAAGAAAUGAAGCCCCGCCCUAAAAGGAGGUAAUUUUAACGGUUUCUAUUAGUUAUAUAUACAUCACGUAAAUUAAAAUUCUGAUUUCAAAACUCGGCUUUUAUUCUUGACUGACCUCUUAAGGAUGCAGUAAGUCAUUUCUGACUUUUGGACUUGGAGGCCAUAAAAGAAAACAAAAAAAAAAUUCUCUUCGACUUUUUGUAUACGUACUCUUAAUGGUUUCUAAGGGACAGGUCCAGUAGCGGUAAUCUAGACACAAUACUUACUUAGUAAUGCGUCUAUGUAAAAGCUGCACAGUUAUCUAAACAAUUUUUGGCUUUGUAAUGUCAUCCUUGACGGUUUACAAAUACUUAUUCAUGUUCACUACAUUUGGAGUCAUACAAUUUAUGAAGAGGCUUCUUGAUUUAAUUUUACGACGAGGAUAUAGUUUAAAAUAGAUAGCAAUUAGUGAGUCAUAAUUAAAUGGUUAUUAGCAAGGAUAAUAAAUCUUAAAUAACAACUUGUCACGGUUUAGACUCUGUGUCCGUUGAGUUGGAUGAAACAUCAAUGACAGGAUCUGUAUUUUUAGACCGGAAAACUUCCGAACGUUGAGAGGCUUUUUCAAAC